AUGGCCACUGCUGCCGAACAGUAUAACACAAGUGGAAAAAAGUGCUACAUGAACAAAAGGUACGAUGAUGCUGUGGAACAAUACACAAAAGCGAUAAAAAUGAAUCCAUUACCUAAAUAUUAUCAAAAUAGAGCUAUGUGCCAUUAUCAGUUGAAUGAUUUGAAAAUGACCGAAGAAGAUUGCAAAAGAGCAUUGGAGUUGAGUCCAAAUGAAGUGAAGCCAUUGUACUUUCUGGGAAGUGUUUACUUGAAAGGAAGAAGAUACAAUGACGCGAUCAACUGCCUCUCGAAAGCUCUAUACCACAAUGCAGUGAUAACGAACGCAGCCGAUAUCGAGAAUGCUCUCAAAAGAGCUCGUCAUCAAAAGUUUGAAGAGGAAGAGUCUAAAAGGAUCAUUCAAGAUGUCGAGUUUCAUACUUAUUUAGAGAGUCUCAUCGAUAAAGAUCGACAGGAAAAUGCCGAGAAUCCGGAAGCGUUGCAGAGAGCAGAUAUGGCGAAAAAGCGGCUUACAGAAAUCACUUCGGCGGCACAGGAAAAACGCCAAAAUCGUGAAAUUCCUGAAAUAAUGUGCGGAAAAAUCACAUUGGAACUGAUGAAAGAUCCAGUGAUUGUACCGUCAGGCAUCACAUACGAUAGAGAAGAAAUUGUGCAACAUCUACGAAGAAUAGGACACUUUGACCCGGUUACCAGAAAACCGUUGACAGAAAAUGAGAUUAUUCCAAACUAUGCGCUCAAAGAGGUUAUUGAAAAAUUCCUCGACGACAAUCCAUGGGCGAAAUACGAACCAGGGGCAAUGGAUUGA